AUGCUCCGUUUUGUGGAUUAUGUUGUUCUUGUCGGAUAUGACUUUGAAAAAUCAGUUGGUGGUGAAAGCGAAGGACGUAUUUUACAAAGAUUUCCUUCAAAAUGUUGGGACGACUAUCCUUACAACUUCAAAAUUGAGACAUUCUGUCAACCUUGUGGUUGGUAUCUUAGUCGGAACAAACCAGCACCAACAUUCUUUGUUGCGUACUUGACAGAUGUUGCUGGAAAUCCAUAUUUUGCAGCCUGUCUUACUUUUCACGAGGCUGUAUCACCUAGUCAACUACUAAAAUUUAAAAAUCCUUAUAAUACUAUUCAUAACAGAGUAAGGGCUGCAGGGAAUGAGUUGAAUCGUUAUCCUCAUAAUGGACCUAUAGAUGGGUCAUUUGUAAAUAAAAAAGGCUUUCUUAUUUCUAAUUUUGCAUGUCAGUCUGAAAAUUAUCCCUUAAAUACUCGUAUCAGCGUAACCAGUUUGGAUAGUAAUGCUAGUUCACCGUUGAGUUCAGCAAUCGGUGUACACGAUCAGUCGAUAAACCAUUGUGGUCUGAGGUCGAUAUAUGAUGCUGGUGAUCCAAAUCUAGUACGUCCACCGGAAUUUUAUGCACCAAAGUGUUUGGUUUUCCUUGCUCGUCAUCAACACUUUGAUGUGUUGAAGAAUAGUCUGAGCUUAUUGUACACUGUCUUCGCUGAUUCAUUACAUCAAUACUCUGUGGAACAAAUGAUUGCGACAGUACUUGGCGGUGUAGAAGUUCCACCAACAGGUGGUCCACGUGUUACUUUCAGUCUAGGCACUGGUGAUCGUCAGAUAAUUCAACCGGCUCAUUGUAGUACUAUACCUGUUACGCGUAAUUGUGUAGCUUCAUUGUUCAAACAUUUAGGAAUACAUAAUGUGAUUUUACUGUUCACUGCAGUUCUAAGUGAUCAAAAAGUUCUUGUCUGCUCACGCAGUUUAAACCGGCUGACAGAGGCAUGUCAUGCGCUAACAUCUAUCCUGUAUCCCUUAAAAUAUGGGCAUACAUAUGUUCCUAUACUGCCUAAAUCGUUAAUUGAAUUUGUCAAUGCACCAACUCCAUUCCUGUAUGGUAUUCAUUCAUCCUAUCAACAUUUACUGCCUGAUAUGGUUGAUGUAUUUGUUGCUGACUUGGAUGGAGGGAGUGUAGCAUGUCCUGAGAAUAUUCCCAUACCUCAACUACCUGAUCCUUAUUUCACUGAAGUUGUGGAAAAUUUAUUUCAGAUUUUAAGUCCAGAAUUAAUGUCAGCUGAUCAUGUGUAUCCUCCAACAACAACAACUACUUGUACAACUACUGCCUCUAGCCAAUCAAAUGAUUUAAUCAUACAAGAUAAAAAAUUACGUGCUGUAUUUCUUCGUCUGUUCGCCUCCUUAUUCGCUGGUUAUCGUUCUUGCCUGACAAUUACACGGAUUCAUCCACAACCAGUGAUACACUUCAAUCGAACGUUAUACUUACUACUACGUGGGAAUAGUGCACAUAAUGAAUUCUGUGAUCGUCUUUUAUCUAGUAUGCGUUUUCAUCAAUUCAUAUUAGAACGUGGUCCACCAUUUCGUGUUUGUGAUUUAUUCGAUGAAGAGUACAACUUGUAUGCUGAUGGUUAUUCACUAAGUGGUGAUAGUACACUGGUAAUGAAUGAUAAAGAGCAUGAUUAUGAUAUGCUGAUGAAUCAUCAAUCCGUGUUAACUGGUGGCGGUGGUGGGCUAUCACCGGUCACUUCUAGUUUACACUUGAUUGAACGAUUGAGUACAAAACUGCUGGAUAAUGAAUGUGGUGACCAGCCAGCAACACAAAUCUUGCCCGAUGAAGCUGUUGAAGCCCACAAACGUAUUCAUCAAACACCAUUUCCUGUUUUAGAUGCUAAACUCAUUGAUGAGUUAACAGUUCAGUAUUCUCAAAAGAAAGUUAAAAAUGUUAUUUAUCAUAAACCUGAACCACGCUUUGUACCCCAGGGACAACAAUUGGAUAGGCAAAUAUUUAAAGCUGAAAUGUUUCCAGAUAAAUAUCGAGUUAUUCAUGAAUUUGUUGAGGAUAUCUUCAAUCAGCAUAUUACAGAAGCUUUAAAACGACGGAAUACAAUUCGUCAAGAUUUAAAAUCUCGACCAAUGCGACGUCUAUUUGUCGAUGAAUUACGUCGUUAUCUAGUCCCAGAGUCUUCAUCAUCUGGAGGUGCAUCUAUGUCACCAAGUGAAGCAAUCAAUGAUUUUAUUGUUGGCAAUAUGGUAGUUGAUAGAAAUAUUUAUGAUAAACGAGCUGUAUUAACCUGGGAACAAUUUGAGCUAAUUGUUGAUUUAUUAGACGAGGCAUUAAGACAAGAGACACAAUCAAAAGACAGUGGAAUUACUCCGAUAAUUAUGGAUUUAAGCACUAGACUGUGUACUGAACUAGAGAAUGUUCGUUAUUAUGCAAAUAUGAGUCAUCAAAUUCAACAUCAUGAUAUCUGGCGUCAUAUGCCAUUUUGGGAGAGUGUGUUUAACGAACAAGUUAACAAUCAGAUACGUUUGUUAUAUAUUGAUUUUUCUGAAGAAGAACUGAAAGCUCACAAACAACAACAACAGCAAUCCAAAGAUGUUCAUCAUUCCAAUCAAAAUCAUGUUGGGAAUCUGCCUAAUGGUCAUGCAUCAUCAGCGGCAAAUGGUAGUGUUAAAAAACAGGGUAAAAGUCCAUCGUCUCCUGACAAUGAUGGAAUAUCCAUCGUUAUUGUUGGACGUAGUGGUAAUCAGAAAUCAUCGAAUGUCACAGUUCAACAACAAAUUUAUACAUCAAAUAUGUCAUCAUUAGAAAUAGCUGCUGAAGAAAUGCGUAUCGGUAAUACACGUCCACGUGAAAUACAACAGGCUUUAGAAACACGUGAAGAAAGUACUCUCUAUGCUCAGAUUAUACACUUUAUCAAUUUGAUUGUUAACUUUCGUAUACCUGUACAUAUUGGUGCUGCUGUAGCCGAUUUGUAUAGUGAAGAAGCACAGAAUAAUGAUUCUUCACUACACAUGCCUUUACGUAACGAUAUAACAGAUAGCAGGCUGUCCUCGUAUGGAGGCAGUAAUAACAGAAUGACAAGUGACAGUAGUGCAAGACGUCAACAAUCCUCACGUAGUUUGUCAACAAAUGAUCCUCCACCUACGAAUCAAAUUAAUCAUGCUCUUCAGCUUAUAUCACAAAAUGAAGGCUUUGUUAAAGGCAAUAGCUCGUAUUAUAUGGAUAAUUAUUCAAAUAGUGUACUAACUGCUGAAGGAUUUUAUAGCAGUCGGUAUAGUACUCAAAAUUUCAAUGAAAUGAAUCCAGCCACUCUGCUCAGUCAUAUUAAUGUUUUAGAAAAUUGGUUAUUAAAAUUUGUUAAAAAUGUUGGCGAAGAGAAUAAUCUUCUACGGAAACGUAUUAAUGAGAUUGAAGGCAAAAUUAAAGCUAUUAUUGAAAGCCAUCUAAUAAAUUUACAGGCUAUUUAUCCAAAAGUACAAAAUAUCCCACACAUGAAGAAGCCUGAAAUAGCUAAUCCAGUUCUGCUGCCAGGUGAAAUUGCCAUACCAAUCGGUGGUUAUGAUUGUUUAUCCUGUCAACUCUUACCAGAUGGACGUUAUGAACGUAGUGAUUAUCAGUUAUUAGAUCCUUUGACAAAUAUUACGGCUUCUACUAAUGGUGUUAAUGGUAGUGAUAACAUGGCAGAUAAUACUACUAAUAAUAAUAAUAACAACAACAAUAACAGUGGUAAACAAGAUUCAAUUGGAAAUAAUGAAACAGGUGAUAUCGAGGUGGAUAUUAUGCUUAGGCCAUUAUUACCUGCUCAAGGUGCAUUAUUCAUUACAAAUUAUCGAAUAAUAUUUACUGGUGUACCAAAAGAUCCAUUUCAAUCUAAUAAAGUGAUCAAUCGAAGUUUUCCAAUCUCUGCGCUGAGUGGCAUAAAAAAACUUGGAUGUGUUCAAAUGAUUACAGCCUUCCCUUCAUCAUCAUUAGCGAAUCCAGCUACACUGACAACAAUGACACCUAUAUCUGGUUUUCGUUCAGCAACAUUAUUUGUUAGUAAUAAAAAGUUAAAAGCGAAUACCAUGCAGUCGAAAAGUUCAUCACAAAAAUACCUGUCCUCAUCAGCAUCACGUACGACGUAUACAUCAGCAACAGGAGCAGCCGGAGCAGCGGCGGCGACAACAACCACUACAAAUCGUCAUGGUGUCAUGUAUCGUACAGAGAAUUUAGAUGUUAUUUUACUACGUGCAUUAACUUUUCAAAUGUUAAAAAUUGGCUUUGAUAUCGGUGAAGUACAACAAGAGACAAGAGAGGAAUUACGCAGUCUACUUGAAGAACUGCGUUAUCCGUCUAUGCUUUGUAUGGGAUUUAAUUCAGCCCCCUUGGGUUUAAUUCUAUCAAGAAGUAAUAGUAGUAGUGCAGAUCUACAUUCAGCUGGGAUGCACAGUGGUGAAUCGCAUCAUAAAGCGUCUAUGCCGCAUGGAUUGUUACGUAUGCGACAUUUGAAGAGUAAAACUAAUCGAAAUAGUGUAUUCGGUGAUUCAAGCUAUUCUGCAAUCAUGGAUCGAGAACGCAGACGAACAUAUAAUACCCCACCAUCUGUUAACACAGGUGGUACCGUUCGUUCACCUCCGUUGUCUCCUCGUUCUCCUAGAAGUGGUCGUUAUAAUCAAGUAAACUAUCUGCCUACUUCGAAUUUCCCUAAUUGUAUACUUGCUGAAGAAGCAAUCUGCAAUUUAACAACCACACUGAAAGCCUAUUUAACACCUCCGUCUAUAUCAGCCUCAUCAACAGCUGCUACGCUAAUUGAUCCAAAACUUAUGAAGUUGCUAACAGAAUCAUUAGGUUAUUUAGAUAUGGUACGUUUCAGUAGUAGCAUGAAUACGCAUACUGCUAGCAUGACAAUGGCUGCAACACCAACAUCACCAAUGAACUAUUCUACAGGAUUUAACGACGGAAAUGGUUCACUGAAUCGAUCUAUAUCUGGUAGAGCUGGAAGCAGUAUUGGCAGUCGAGUAUAUUGCUCUGCUCGUCUUGUUGCAUUUAAUAUUCAUCAUACUAUAGUAAAAUCUUAUCCAAGCUUUUUCAUUAUACCACAGGGUAUUACUCAGAAUUGUUUAACUAAAGUGGCUCGUUCACAUAAGCGAGGUCGUUUCCCUGUUGUCACUUGGCAACAUCCUGAGACUGGUGCCUAUCUGUUACGUGGUAGUGAAAUGCAAUCAAAUAUUAUUUUGAAUACAUUUAAAAAUAUUAAAACUGCCUCGAAAGGUAGUACUGGUGAUAAUGUCGAUGAUGGCGUUGAUACUACAGGUUCACAUGCAACUGUCUCCAAAGAACAUAUACGCUAUAUACGUGCACUAGUUGAUAUGUCAUUAUCAGCUAUGAAUAAUAGUCGACCGAGUAGUGUUAUCACUUCAGAGACUGGUUAUUCAGCAACUGAUGACUUAUCAAAUUCAUCUCAACUACCCAAUGCUGCUGCUGCUGCUGCUGGUGGUACAACCUCAUCCAUGGAUCAUUUACCAAGGGAGCAUAACACUAUCAGCCAUCCUGCUACUGCUACUGUUGUUUCAAGUGUAACUAACAAUAAAACAAGAUUCAGGAGAUAUAAGGUUCGUGAGGCUUUAGGAAGAAUUGGAAUGUUUGCUGCACGUCGUCGUUUAACACGUUCGGGACUUUCUCCAAUGGGUAGUAUUGCCUCUGGUAUUGAUGAUGUCAUCAGCAUGGAUAGUGUUGCAUCACAAAAUAAUAUCCCACCACAGCAUCCAAAUCAUCCGGCGCAUGAUACAGCUUCUGUUCUAGGCACCACUGGUGUUGUUGGUAGUUGUUUGCCGGGUGGUGUCAUCAAUAGGCCAAUCUCCUUGUAUAUAUUAUGUGAAAAACAAAUGACUAAGAUGUCAAAAAUAUUCAACUCAUCGUCUGUUCUCCUAUCACCAAUCGACUAUCCGAGUGCAUCAACUGUGACUAGAUGUUUUAAAGGAUUUUUCAAAGCAUGUCUACCGAAUGAUUCGAAUAGGUCGAAAUCGGCGGCAAAACUUCUGUCUGCGGCAGCAACCACCGCUGGUGUAUCAUUGGAUCAUGCGUCGUCUAACAACACAACUGGAAAUAGUGCUACAUUAGGAUCACAUUUCACGCAUACCAGUCAUCAUAGCCAACAGCUUAACAAUAAUAAUAAUAACAGUGGGGAGAAUGUAGAGUCAGAGUCCAUUUCAACGUCAACUGCGACAAACAUUAAUAACGCCAAAUUAAUGAAUGUAUUCACAGAAGCUCAUGAAAAUGGUUGGUUCACCUAUAUGAAGUCGUUAUUGGAGCUGGCUGGCACAGUGGUAGAUUUAUUAGAUCUACAAGGGGCUAGUGUAGCACUGUGUCUAGAAAAUGGCAGUGAUAUUGUAGCUCAAAUUGUAUCACUUGUGCAAGUUAUGCUUGAUCCUUACUAUCGGACAAUAGCAGGAUUUUGGAGUUUAAUUGACAAAGAAUGGUUAAUAUUUGGGCAUACCUUUAACCAGAAUUUAAAUCAAACCUCAUCAACAAAAUCGGGUAGUAUAUCACCGAUUUUCUUACAAUUUCUUGACGCUGUCCACCAACUGUUAAGACAGUUUCCCUUAGCCUUUGAAUUCAAUGAUUACUACUUACGCUUUUUAGCCUAUCAUCAUAUAUCGAAUCGUUUUCAUAAUUUUAAAUAUGACUCAGAAUUUGAACGAUUUACAGUUUGGUUUCCCGAUCUAAUGGAGAGUUUAGCAAAUAAUAGUAAAUUUGGCACAAGUAUUGUAUCAAAAAUCGACGAUCACCUAUUGGAAUUGUACCGUUCACGAUCGAUAUGGCCAUUUAUUCAACAACAACACUAUGAAUGGCCAGUAUUCUUCAAUUUCCGGUAUUCACGUAAACUUGGAGAAAAGGUUCUUAGACCAGCGACAAAUAUGGCCUCGUUUGAUUUAUGGCAAUUUUAUUUAACUGAAGAUUUAGCCUGUGGACCAAUCUAUGAUCUGGAUCAUUUUUCACCGAGCUACCGUAAAAGUACUAAUCGUCCAUAUGAACCUGUACUACGACAAGGAUUUAAUAACAGUCAUAUAGAACAAACAUAUGCUGUUUUAGGACUGCGUGAAGGUGAAGAAGCCAUUGGUUGGCAAGAGACAUGGGAACAAGCUCAAUCUGAAAUGCUCAGUCCAUAUUCUCCUUUAUCUCCUCCAACGAAACAUUUAGGUAAUCAAAAUAAAAAACCAGUCAAAACUAUCCGACCAAUUACAAACACUACCGGUCCUGCCUCUACUACUGCUGCUUCUGCUGUCGCUACUACUGGUAAUUCCAUGAGUAGUAUGUGCUCAACAUAUAAUACUGUCACGUCUACUACUAAUGGUAACACAAGACAUGGUGUUAAAGCAUUGAAUAAAUUCUCUCCAUUACCAUCACGUUUUGGAGAUUAUAGAGAAGGCAGUGAGCCGACUGAAGGUGCUCUACACCGUAAAUUAAUGAAAUCUGAUGAUGAUGAUGACUAUGCCAUGAGUGGUGCUGCUAGACGACGAGCAAUGUCUAGUAGUUUGAUCGAUAUAAAUCCUGGCAAAAAUACCUUUCAGUCAUCAAUGACCACGUCUACAUCAACAGCUUAUCAUCAACCGAAUGAUGAUAUCACUCAGACAACUACAUUAACACCUCAAGGUGUUGGCAGUAGUGAUGGUGAUUUGUUAUGCUCUUCAGAGAAUAAUACUGUCAGUCCGUUGCACGUGUCUGAAUUGAAUGUGAAUGAGCCAUCAUCGCAUCAAUCGCAUGUUAUUAUUGUAAAAGACCUGUCAUCAAUUGAAAAGGACGACAGAAAGACAAAUUCAACUGUCCCAAUACGAAACGGUAAAGAUUUGUCAAGAGGAGUAGUAACCAAUGGAAAUGAUUCAAAAUACUAUGGUGUUACAAAUGGUGGUGGUGGCUCCCCGAGUAGAAAUCGUAUCGGUGCAGAGACAAGCAUGUAUAAGAGUAGUAGUAGUAAUCAUAAUAUACCGGCGGCGGGAUGUGAACAGAUUUCAGAAGAUGAAGCAUUUCAUGAAGGCAAUGAUGAUUUAUACGGGGAUCGAUAUGAUGACUCAGUAGAUGAGUCAUCAUUGGAUAAUGAUAAUCAUUUUACACGUCAUGCUAUUUUAGAAUAUCAUCGGACAGCUACAUUGAAGAGGUUAACACGUCGUGCAGGCGGUGGUGGCGGCGGCGGUACGCAGCAUACUCAUGAUCACAAGUUGACCAACGGAUUGACGCCUAGUUAUCGAAAUAUUAUUAUUGAGUAUGAAUCGGAUAGUAUAACCAGCAUUGGAACUGGUGCGGGUGGUGUCAAUAUCAAUUCACCUGUACAAGAUGAACCACGAGUGCAUAAAUUCACUUCAUCACGAAUAAAUAACAAUCCUAAUCUUUCAUGUGAAUUAUGCCAGAAAAAAUGUCAGUCAAUAGAUAAUGUUGUCAAAUGCAUUGAAUGUGAUCUCUUCUGUCAUGAAAAGUGUUCAUCAUUAGAUUCAAAAUGUUUUCCUACGCAUAUGAAUAGUAGUCCUCAUCAAAGUGAAACAGACAAAAAUGGACAUGUGCUAUUGAAACGACAUGACUCUGCGUAUUUACCAAGUGAACUAGACAGCUACAAGAAGGCUAAUCAUCAUCAUCAUCAGUAUGCUGGUGAUGAUGAUCGAGGAAGAUCUGCUCCAACUUUUGGUAUUACUGGUGGUGGAAGUGGUUUAUUCAGUCCAACUCUCCCAUGGCGAGGGGAACGUGAUCAUUCAUUUCGAUCUUCAUUAGUUUUAAUACAAGAUACUCGUGGAAAACGUAAACUAAGUGAAAGUUCUUCAUCUGUAGCCCAGACUAAUACCCUGUCUGAUACUCAAUCUCAAAGUGGAAGAAGUCAUCGUAAAUUUUUACAACAAUGGAAACAACGAUUGUUUGCAUUGGAUACAAAUCGACACCAGCUGAAAUAUUAUGAAAGUUAUGCCAAUUCAUCACCACGUGGGUGUAUUGAUUUACAAGAUGUUAGAUGUGUGAAAAUUGUUCGAAAUUUCACCCACCAGCGUAAAUCAACUUCGUUUGUUGUAUUUGAAUUGGAAACAACCAGUCGAACCUACAGACUUGGUGCUAUCAAUCAAGAAAAUGCUAUGCAAUGGAUUGAACGUAUACAGAAAACUAUUCAAUGA